AUGGCAGCCCCUUUAGUUGGUGAGAUGGAGCCGGCCGCCGCCGAGUCUGUGUAUUUCAAUGAAUACCCGCCCCCAAAGGCCCUGCCGAAGCAUGAAGCGCUCGCCCGUGCCUUCAUCCAACUCCAUGUGGAGGCCAACCGCCGUGUCGUCCUCGUCACGUCUGGUGGUACCACCGUGCCUCUAGAAGCGCAGACCGUCCGAUUCAUUGACAACUUCUCCGCCGGAACCCGCGGUGCGACAUCUGCCGAGUAUUUCCUAGAACAAGGGUACGCCGUGAUCUUUCUGCACCGCCAGUACAGUUUGCUGCCGUACUCCCGGCACUACAGCCAUUCGACGAAUUGUUUCUUAGACUUCAUGGACGAGGCCCCUCCCUCGGCGGACUCGGCAGAGUCCGGCCAUGGCUCUAUUAUGGUUCGAGACGAGUACCAGGACCAGAUGCGCAGCGUGCUGCGCAAAUACCGUUAUGCCAAGCAGAACAACCGUCUUCUCCUGCUGCCUUUUACGACGGUAUCUGAGUACAUGUUUGAGCUGCGAUCGAUGGCAAAGAUCAUGCGACCCAUUGGACCGAAUGCGCUCUUCUAUCUUGCGGCGGCCGUGAGUGAUUUCUUCAUCCCGCGCAGCCGGAUGGCCGAACACAAAAUCCAAUCCUCCGAACUCCCGGCGCACCUGCAAGGGAGCGCCGUCGGAGCGGACGAUAUCUACACAGGCGAGAAUGAGGAGCAGCCAUCGAACCGCAAGAAACUCGUCGUCAACCUUGACCCUGUCCCGAAAUUCCUGCACCGGCUGGUAGAUGGCUGGGCGCCCGAAGGAAGUAUGGUCGUCUCGUUCAAGUUAGAGACGGAUCCCUCCUUGCUUGUGUACAAGGCGCGCACCGCGCUCCAACGGUACUCCCACCACUUGGUGAUUGGUAACUUACUUUCCACGCGGAAGUGGGAGGUAGUCUUCAUCACCCCGGAUGAGCCCCAUGAGCGGUGGAUCCGGGUUCCGAAAUCCAAGCGCAGCAAGAGUAUCUCCGGCGUUGAGGAUCAGGUUGGGUUGGCGGAGGCUCAGAAGGGCAAUACGGUACCCCUUGACCAAUCCGAGGCUGAGCAGAUCUCAGAUGCUAGUCGGGAUGGAAUUGAGAUUGAAAGCAUCAUUAUUCCAGAGCUGGUCAAGCUGCAUACUAAGAUGGUGGAAAAGAAGACCCAAGAGUAA